CUUGACCGAAUACAACAUCAUCAAAGGGAUAAAAUGGGGAAUGAAUAUGUCAAAGAAAAAGAAAAUUGAAAAACAAGGACGAUGAAAGCCUUGCAUAAACCGAACAGGUUAUGUGAAUAAGAGCGCCGGUAGAGACGGAGACUGUGUAUGUGUGUUCUGUUAGUGAUUAAGAGGCCGAUUCGCAGACUUAACCGGAAAACUGAACCUAGCAGGAGAUCUCGGUCUUCGUUUCUCUCAUCUCAAGCAUCAAAAUUUCAGGAUUUUCAAGAAGCGCGCAUCAUGGAGAUCAAGUUCGAAUUAUGAAGUUCCAUCUCUCCUACGCCUGAAGGUUUGAAGGAGCAAGUAAUAAUUAAAUUUCUAAAUAUCAGAAAUGUUCUCAUUGUUCUAUGGUCUUUGGAAGUAUUUAUUCAGUAAGACAGAGUUUCAUGUGCUCAUUCUUGGAAUUGACAAGGCGGGGAAAACAACUUUAUUGGAGAAAUUGAAAUCGUUGUACUCAAACUUAGAAGGCCUUCCUCCUGAUCGAAUUGUUCCCACUGUUGGGCUUAACAUUGGUCGCAUUGAAGCUUCAAAUACAAAACUUGUAUUUUGGGACCUGGGUGGUCAGCACGGUCUUCGCUCAAUUUGGGAGAAAUAUUAUGAAGAGGCUCAUGCUGUUGUAUAUGUAAUUGAUGCUACUUGUCCUUCACGUUUUGAAGAUUCAAAGUCUGCAUUAGAAAAAGUUCUUAGGCAUGAGGAUUUGCAAGGAGCCCCUCUUUUGAUAUUAGCAAACAAGCAGGAUCUUUCUGAAGCUGUAUCAGCUGAAGAAAUUGCUCGAUAUUUGGAUCUGAAGAAGUUGGAUGAGAGGGUUUACAAGUUUGAAGCAGUUUCGGCAUAUGACGGGAAGGGUAUUAAAGAAAGUGUAGAAUGGCUUGUGGAGGUAAUGGAACGAAGCAAGAGAACAGAAAUGUUAAGAGCUCGAGCAGGUGUAACAGGCCCUGGUGCCUAGAGGAAACUAUAUCAAAUUGCAAUUGUUUGUCUGCCUUUGUUGCAUGUAAAUAAACAGGAUUUACAUUAGAUUCUACAUGGCCACGAGGUAAUCCAUCUUUUCGCAUCUGCAUUAGAGCUGCCUUUGUUCGUUUGCUCAAUGGUGACUGGCUAGCGACUACAUUUCAGAUGAUAUUUUUAUUUUAAAUCGAUCUAUUUUUAUUUUGAAUUAAUCAGCAAAGGAGAGUAAAAAAGGGAACCGUUUAAUCUGUGCUAAAAAGAGACUGAAGGUUGUUGGUGUAAUAUUUUAUGCAUUUGGUUAUUGAAAUAUCUUUAUUUUA